AUGGCUAAUUUCACAACUGGAUUUCUUCUCACAGGAUUUUCAGAUAACCCUGAGCUAGAAAUCUUCUAUGCUUCUCUGUUCUUAGUUCUGUAUUUGUUGGCUUUAAUCGGCAACAUCCUCAUUAUUACAACCACUUCUAUGGAUGACAGACUCAACUCUCCCAUGUAUUUCUUCUUGAAGCAUCUCUCCUUUCUAGAUCUCUGUUAUAUUUCUGGGACUGUACCAAGAUUUAUUUUCAACUCUUUCUUGCAUAGAGGCAACAUUUCCUUCUGGGAAUGUGUUGUUCAGUGCUUUGUUUUCACACUCUGUGCUCCUGCUGAGAUGUCCAUGCUCACAGUGAUGUCCUAUGACCGUUAUGUGGCCAUCUGCCUUCCACUACAUUAUGACAUCAUCAUGAACUUCAGAACCUGUGUCCAUGGAGUCAUUGGAGUCUGGGUCAGUGGGGUCAUAUCGGGAGUGAUGCACACAGCAGCGACUUUCUCCAUCCAAUUCUGUGGGCCCCAGAUCAUUCAUCAGUUCUUCUGUGAUAUUCCACAGCUUUUGAAACUCUCCUGUUCUAAUGACUAUAUCAAUGAGGUUGGUGUGUCUCUCUUUCUAUCUUUGGUAGCAUUUCUUUGUGUUGUCUUUAUUGGAUUUUCCUACAUGCACAUAUUUUCCUCUGUGUUGAGGAUGCCAUCAGCAGAGGGCAGAGCCAAGGCCUUUUCCACUUGCCUCCCCCACCUAGUUGUUGUUUUAUUAUUUAUUUCUACAGGUGCUUUUGAGUAUUUAAAACCUCAUUCUGACUCUCCAACGGUGUCAGACAUUUUGCUCACUAUUAUGUAUACAGUCAUUCCCCCAACAUUCAAUCCAAUGAUCUAUAGCUUGAGAAAUAAAGCCAUCAAGUCAGCUGUAAGAAGGGUUUUUAAGAAAAUGAAAAUAAUCUUUGGAGAAGGAGAGUUUCAGGAUCUGGGGGAUGUCACAGAAGAACUGGUGAAUGAUUCAGGGGCUAUAGAAGUGGAUGGAGAAGGUUCCUGUUGUGUGCAUGACUCCAGAGAUGGCCCCACUGACCUAGACUCCCAUGACUCCAUGGAUAUAGGUUCUGAAGUCCAUGAUGAUGUCAUAGUGCAGUGGAAGGCAGAUGGUCAUGUAGCCAUCAUAGGACAUCACUGUAAACAUGAACAUCUCCACAGAAGCACAGAGUGA